AGUACGAAUACAGUUUUAAAAAAAAUGAAAAUAGUACGUAGAGACAAGGAUAUUAACACAAAUUUAUAACCUCAGUGAUAAUUAAAGCAAGUGAAUGACGCAGGUUAUAUGGUUUAUGAAAAAAAAAAAAGUAGUUGGUUAGCAUAAAAAAUGUGUCCUGCAUUGUUGGAAAACGAAGAAAGAUGUUUUGGUGGGAUGACUUUCUUUGCCCAAAGCCAUCCAGCUGAGCUUUGCGGCAGUAACGGACUACCAUUGACUCCAAAUUCAAUAACAAUAUUAGGAAAAGCUCAGUUCCUCAAGACAAUCAAUCAUCCGAAUUUAUCCCAAUACUUGGAUAUUAUUCGCAGUAAACAUGAGCGUACAAUAGUUGUUGCCGAGUACAGAGGUGAGCCACUUUCCUCAAAACAGCACCUAUCUGUCAAUGAAACCAUCAAAAUAGCUUAUCAGUGUUUGGUGGGAUUGAAGUAUAUGAAUGAACUUGGACUGGUACAUAGUCAUCUCAGUCCAGACAAUGUCCUUGUAAAUAAGAAUGGAGAUGUUCAGCUUUACAACUUUGGAUUUUACUAUAUGACUGAUCAUGGAAAAAAUGUUUCGUUUCCUAUAGGCUAUCCAAAAUAUACUGCUCCAGAAGUUUUUCUCGGGAACUGCACAAAAAGCGUCAAAGUAGAUUCGUGGUCCUUGGGAAUCAUUAUCGCGGAAAGAUUACUCGGACGCACUCUUUGGCCAGGUGUUAAAUUGUCUCAAUGCUUGAGAAAGAUUUUAAGUUUGAUUCAUACUGAGAACAGCGUGUUUGAACGGCUGUCUCGCGAAAACAAUUGUUUCAACGUUUAUGAGGAACUUCCUGAAAAUGUAAAAGAGUUUGUCAACGCGUGCUUGCAAAUUCGUUCAUCGUUGCGCAAAACACCAGAAGAACUGUUAAAUUUGCCAAUUUUCGAAGAUUUCUUGAAAAAAGAUGCCAAAGAGAUAGAGGGUAGCGUAUAUGAAAACAUAAUCAACCGAAAAAUGGACGAACUUUAUUACUUGUGGCAAUUAGCAGGAGGAGAUAUUUCGAUAGAGUUAAAAAAGCAGGGUCUCAUUCGUUCCAGACCUCCAAUUUUAUCAAUACCAAAUCUUGUAAUUUUACUUGGUCAAGUGUUUGGACGUCGUGAUACAGCUGGGCUGCUCGAUCUUAGGGUGGUCAAAGUUCCACUUGAUACAUUAAUCCAAAGGUUAUCGCAUAUUCCUUACGUUGCAAAUUAUCCUCGGCUUACAAGCCAAAUGCACGUGCAAGCUCAAGAUGAUUUGACAGAGGCUGCUUCACAGUUACCACUAAUAAUAAGAGAAAGAGACACAGAAUAUCAAUUUUAUCGCAUCGUUCUGUACGAUCGAUUACUUCAGAUCUACCCAAUUACCAGAGACACUAUAAUUCGCGAAGCUCACAAGGAUAUUCCACCACCAGUAAGGGCUGCAGUUUGGGCGGCUUUACUGGAUGUCACUGGUGACAUUCAAAAACGUUACGAUAUGAUAGACAAGGAGACGCCUACGCACACAGACAGGCAGAUCGAAGUGGAUAUUCCCAGGUGCCAUCAGUACAGCGAGCUCUUAUCGUCCGGCGCCGGUCAUGAAAGACUACAAAGAUUACUAAAAGCCUGGGUUCGAGAUAAUCCUCAUUAUGUGUACUGGCAAGGGCUUGAUUCCCUUACUGCGCCCUUCUUAUUUUUAAAUUUUAAUAAUGAAGCUCGAGCUUUUGCUUGUCUGUCCGCUUUCAUACCAAAGUACCUUCAUAAAUUUUUCUUAAAAGACAAUUCGUCCGUCAUACAGGAGUAUUUGGGAAAAUUUUCUCAAAUCAUAGCGUUCCACGACCCACAGUUGGCGAAUCACUUAAAAUCUAUAAGUUUUGUGCCAGAAUUGUUUGCCAUACCUUGGUUUUUGACUAUGUUUUCACAUGUGUUUCCUAUCCAUAAAAUUUUACAUUUGUGGGAUAAGCUUUUACUGGGAGAUUCGUCAUUCCCGCUGUUUGUCGGCUUGGCCAUAUUGAAACAGUUACGAGAUUCUUUGCUCACAUCAGGAUUCAACGAGUGCAUCUUACUUUUUUCCGAUCUUCCCGAAAUCGACAUAGAACUUUGCGUGAAAGAUUCUAUGUCGAUGUAUCAAAAAACUCCAGAUAGCAUAACGUAUCGGAGACAUCAGUUCAAUCAGGCCCAGGCAACUAAUUGGUCGGAACCGGAACCUGGAACUGAAAAAAUGCCAAGAAUCAGUGUAGACGACUUUUUGAAUCUACUAGACAAUUCUCCAGAUAAAAUAAUUGUGGUUGAUAUUCGCAAUAAUAUCCAAUUCGAAAGAAGUUCCGUGGCCAGGAGUAUAAACAUUCCAUUCACUAGUGUUCAGCUUUCCAAUGUUCAAAUUGAUACUCUUGGACCACAAGCCAAACCUAUUGCGGAGAACAAAGACAGUAUCGUUGUCAUCAUUGGCCCUAGUGAACAAAAUAAUGCUUUGUUUGCAGAUUUUCUGAUGAGCUGUCAAGUGUUUGGAGUUUGUUCAUUGCAAGGCGGAAUUUACGCCCUGCGCUCCAAAGCACCCAAUAUACUGGUUACUGCACGUUGAAUCGUGAAAUCUACUUUUUUAUCAAACAUGUAAAUAAUCCAACGUUGUACAAAAACUGAUGGCAUGUUUUUAUUUGUACUUCCAAUUGUACAUACUAAAAACAAAGAUAAAUUUUUUACCUUUAUCAAUUGUAUCCAUAUGAAUAAUACUUGUGACACAAUACAUGAUGUAAA